AGUGUGUGUGAGAAGUCAAUGCUCUGCCUGCACUCAUUCAACACACACACACCGGAGACUGUGUGUGCACACUAGGGCAAAUGUGUGUGAAUGUGUAUGUGUGUGUGAAUGUGUGUGUCUGUGUGUGUGUGUGCUUGAGACUCUGAAGUCUUUCGGUGUUUCGUCCUGAGAUCUGAGCAGGUGGGAAUGAUAUGAACAUCCAGGAGAGGAAGAGAGGGAAAGACCUACGAGGACAGCAAGUCUUCCUAAGAGCUGAUGAACCGCCUGCGUCCUCACAUGCCUUUCAGUGCUGAGUGUCAGUAGCUCACAUCCGCACCAUCCCAAUGCAGAGGCAGCGGGGCCACGAUUCGUCCGAUACACACCGCGUUAGUGUCCAGGAUGCACUGCUGCGGCUGGCCUCUAUUGUUGAUGCCAGCAGCCUCCGGGCAGCCAUUAAAGAGACACUGGAGGCUGUGCUGCCGAAAGUGGAGAGUGUGUUCGUGUAUCUGCUGGAGGCCGAGUCUCAGAUGCGAUGUGAAGAUCCACCUCAUGACGUCCAUGCGGAAGGCAAGCUCAGGGAGGUGUUGGUGCAGAAGAAGAGAGCAGUGUGUGUCGGUCUGCCAUCCACAGAACUGCAAGAGAAGCAGAGGACAAGCCUGGCAGCACCUCUCCCACCUGAGAAGCGAGUUGUGAUCCUUCCAUUGGUGGAUGAAGAUGAAGACAAGGUUUUGUCUCUCGUCUUGGUUUGCUGCCACCAGUUCACUGACCAGGAUGAGCAGAACCUUAAUCUUCUGGAGAAGCAUCUCAUCAUUGCCUGUAAAAGAGUCCAUAUGAUACAGAAGAGUGUGACCCAAUCCCACAAUGCACCACUAAGUGCAAACACCGCAAGUAAGAAGGAGAAAGACUACAGAGAACUGGACCGCAAGAUUCUACAGCUCUGUGGUGAGCUAUACGAUCUGGAUGCGGCAUCACUUCAGCUCAAAGUCAUCAACUAUCUACAGAAAGAGACCCAGUCUCAGUGCUGCUGUCUGCUGCUGGUGUCAGAAGAUAACCAUCAACUAUUUUGUCAGGUGGUUGGGGAUAAAGUUCUGGAAGAAGAGAUCAGUUUUCCUCUGAUGUUCGGACGCUUUGGGCAGGUGGUGGAGAAAAAGAAAUCCAUCACCUUACAGGAUGUUAGCCAGGAGGAGAGAAGGCAGCUGAGCAGUAUGUUGGGGUUCGAAGCUCACUCAAUGCUCUGUGUGCCCGUCGUGAGUCAGGCUACUAGCCAGGUGGUGGCGCUAGCAUGCACCUUUAACAAGAAAGGAGGGCAGAAAUACUCAGCAGCAGAUGAACACAUGAUCCAGCACUGUUUCUGUUACACCUCCACAGUGCUCACCAGCACACUUGCCUUCCAGAAAGAGCAGAAACUAAAGUUUGAGUGUCAGGCUUUACUCCAGGUGGCCAAAAAUCUCUUCACACACCUCGACGACGUGUCAGUUCUGCUUCAGGAGAUCAUUGUGGAAGCUCGGAAUCUGAGCAAUGCUGAGAUAUGUUCGGUGUUCCUACUUGAUCGUGUCAGUCAUGAGCUCGUGGCCAAAGUGUUUGAUGGUGGUGUAGUGAGCGAUGAUGAGAAGGAGUUCCGUAUCCCAGCGGAUCAGGGCAUCGCUGGUCACGUGGCCACUACAGGAAAAAUUCUCAACAUUAAGGAUGCGUACUCACACCCACUGUUCUAUCGCGGCGUGGACGACAGUACGGGUUUCCGCACACGCAACAUACUCUGUUUUCCCAUCAAGGAUGAGAACGGAGAUGUUAUUGGCGUUGCUGAACUGGUGAAUAAGACCAAUGGUCCAUGGUUUAACCGGUUUGAUGAGGACCUGGCCACAGCCUUCUCCAUCUACUGUGGGAUCAGCAUCGCCCAUUCCCUGCUGUAUAAGAAGGUACACGAGGCCCAGUUCCGCAGUCACCUAGCCAAUGAGAUGAUGAUGUACCAUAUGAAGGUGUGUGAGGAGGAGGUGAGCCGCUUGCUGAUGAGAGGACUUCAGCCUGUUCACAGCAUCCACUCGAGCUUCUCUCAGUUCACCUACACACCCCGCUCCCUGCCUGAUGACACCACGCCCAUGGCAAUCCUGAGCAUGUUUGAGGAUAUGGGCUUUAUAAACACCUAUAAGAUUGACUUAAUAACUCUGGCCAGGUUCUGUCUGAUGGUGAAGAGGGGCUACAGGGAUCCGCCCUACCAUAACUGGAUGCACGCAUUCUCUGUCUCUCACUUCUGUUACUUGCUUUACAAGAACCUGAAGCUCAACAACUACCUCGAGGACAUUGAGAUCCUCGCACUCUUUGUGUCCUGCAUGUGCCAUGAUCUGGACCACCGAGGAACAAACAACUCCUUCCAAGUGGCCUCGAAAUCUGUUCUUGCAGCCCUUUACAGCUCAGAGGGAUCAGUUAUGGAGAGACAUCACUUUGCUCAGGCCAUCGCCAUCCUGAACACACAGGGCUGCAACAUCUUUGAGAAGUUCUCCAGAAAGGACUACCAGAGGAUGCUGGACCUGAUGAGGGAGAUUAUCCUGGCCACUGAUUUGGCUCAUCACCUGCGCAUCUUUAAAGACCUGCAGAAGAUGGCAGAAGCUGGAUACAAUCCAAAAAGCCAGACUCACCGCAGCCUGCUGUUGUGCCUACUGAUGACCUCUUGUGACCUCUCGGAUCAGACCAAGGACUGGAAGACCACUAGGAAGAUUGCUGAGCUGAUCUACAAAGAGUUUUUCUCUCAGGGUGAUCUGGAGAAGGCGAUGGGGAACAGGCCCAGUGAGAUGAUGGACAGGGAGAAGGCGUACAUUCCCGAGUUACAGAUCAGCUUUAUGGAACACAUUGCAAUGCCCAUCUACAAGCUGCUGCAUGAGAUUUUCCCGCGUUCAUCAGAACUCUACGAGCGUGUUGCAGCGAAUCGCGAGCAGUGGACCAAAGUUUCGCACAAGUUCAACAUCCGUGGUUUACCCAGCAACAACUCACUGGACUUCCUGGACGAGGAAUACGAGCUGAUGCAGGCACAGGGAGCGUUCGGUGAGGACGGUCACCGCAUGAACGGUUGCCUGGACGACGAGUGCAGCAAGACGGACCAGUGAAAUGUUUGGAGUGUGAAACAGGUAGACAUUACGCCUUCGUGACGUCUACGAGAGGACGGCGUGGUAAACUGGGACGUGUUUGGAUGACCGUCGAGACACUGGAGUUUUGAUGCUAGAGCUGAUAUGCUGCAGAUAAUGAUGUCAUUUCCUGCCAUUGGAACCAUUUGUGCAAGCAGAACACUUCACUUGUCGUGGGGCCGGAGGCAGAGCCUCGUGAUCUCUUGUCGAAUAUUUCUUGAGAUAUGUUCUUUAAUUAUUUACUUAAUGUUUUGAUAGCUGAACAAAGCCUGAGUGUUUGAUUUUAUACAUAUUUUCUGUCCCGCUGUAAACAUUACAAACGCCAUCCAAAUGUAUAGGAGUGAGUUUUGAAAUGUCAUCGUCGCAAGCUAGCUCUUUAAUUUUACACACAGAAUUGUUUCGUUUUCUUUUUGUAAAGACAAUCAACCCGUACAAGUCCUUUUACCUCCCUUUUCACAUCCUCAUGAGGUGAGAGUGUAGUGAAGGUCAACACACCCAGAGCGUCACUAAAACAUUCACACUUGUCACGUCAACAAGCUGAUUGUCGACUUUUGUCCCAGAUGUUCAAAUCUUUCUCCUCCAAAAGGCUGCAGAAAGUUUGGCCUCGAUCCCUCGUCCGGUCACGACUCAGUUCAGCUUAAAACUCUCAGAUGCACUCGUUUUUCCCUUCAGAAUUCCCACCCGAGCUCCAGCUGGAACAGCUUUGUUUAUGAGAUGAGAGAUUUAACCUGCUUUAACUGUGGAGUUCAGUGUUUAUCGUCACCAUUUGACCCAAAGACUGCUAGUUAAACUGUGUCUGAUGAAUUUAAGGCCACUUCAGUACAAAUCUCCUUACUUUUGGGAACCAGCCGAGGUCCGACUUCUUGUACAUAUAACGUUAUCAGAGGAAUAUUAAGGGCUACGGCGCUUUCCGAGGCACGUGAAGAGGUUUAUUUCUCAGGCGGAAAACAGAAUUAUGUAUAAAUAUGGAUUUGCCUUAACACAUAUGUGUUGCCUUUCUGAGUAAACACUGUAUAUACACACACACACACACACACACACCUCAGUGUGUACAGGCGUGUUAACAUGGGUAUGUAAGUCUAAAACCCCCAGGACAAAUAGGAUUAUGAAUUAGAUUGCAGUAAUAACAGCUCUGUGUUUCCACAGUGUCUGAUUAAAUUGAAUGGUUUUGGAUAAACCAGCAUCUUGUGUAUAUAUAUAUAAAUAUAUAUAUAUAUAAAGAAAUGAAAAGAAAUCAAAUUGAAUUCUGUCUAAAAAGAUUUUAAGUAAAUAAAUUUUUAAAAAAGGCAGUUUUACAAAUUGUGAGAAGAAAAACAAAAGUAUUUGGUUAAACUCUACUUAAAGGAUCAUUUACUUUUAGAAUCGUUAGCUUGAACAUAAUUAAAGGGUGCCAAGACUUUCUCACCUCCGUCAACACGGCUGCCACGUCAGCUUUCCACACGUGAUUUACUACUGAAAGCCACAAAACCAGUCGUAUAAAUUAUUUUCUGUACACCAUGCAUGAGCCAGACUUUUUCAAAUAUAUAUAUAAAAAUAGAUAUUUAUUUUAAACUCCAAUAAUUCUAAACAAUUUUCUGUUUAAAACACCGACUUGAAUUUUUAUGGUUUUAAUGAUACGAUCCCGUUUCCUUCACACUGUAGUUUCACACACAGGAUCGUGCGUUUUCAGCUUCAGCUCUCGUGUGCAAUACGUCCUUCCUGCCACAUGUAAAGAUCAUGUUUUUAAACUAUUACUUUUUAUUUGACACGUUUUCUGCUAAUUUCUUCGUAUCUGUAGGUGGAAAUGAAAUUUUCCUUCUGGUUGUUAUUUUGUUUGUUUGUUUUCUUCCUCACUAACACAUGAAGAUUUCUCUUGUGCCAAGCGUGUCACUCUGAAAAACAAGACAGACUUUACUGUACAUAUGAAAUGAAAGAAAUGUUUCUCUAUUCUAUGUAAUUAACAGAUGUUUUAAAAAAAAAAAAAGCGAGAUAUUUUAUCUAUUUAAACAGAGCGUGUGUAACGACAAUAUUGCUGGUCUUUCUUCACUAUCAGUGGUUUUUCUUAGAUUUAGUGGCCUUCCUAACAUUUCUGCAGAAUUCAGAUUUUAAAAAGGUAUUUAAAAGAAAAAAAAAAAAGAAAGACAUUUAUAAUUAGACGUGUAAUGUAAUGUUAGGGCUGCUUACGAUCUUUAAAAAAAAAAUUAAAAAUUGUAAAACUUUAAGCUUAAAGUUUAGCUUGGGUUUAAAAAAAAUUGUAAAAAACAAACAAAGAAACAAAGAAACAAAAAAAAAAACCUCAGUCACAUUAUCAACAUUUCACCUCCAGUUAGUUCUAAAAAGAGAUUAAUAAAUAAAUAAAGAAAAAAAAAAAGAAACCACUGAUGAAUUAACGAAUGUUGUGGGAUUUCUGUGGCUCUGGUGAUUGUUUUCUUUCUGUUCUGUACUGAAGUGUUUUGCUGGUCGUGGCCUCGAGUGAACACUGUGUACAUAAUUGUACAGCUUCGAUCGUGUCUCUGAAAAGGAGAAAAGGUCACUUACAGUUAUCAUAAAUAUAUGAAUAUAAAAACUGCAGUGAAUUUUUUUUUCCCCCAAAUAAAUGUCCUAAAACGGC